GCAGUCCCGCCGGAGGUUUCGGAAGAUCAACCAGAGGGGCGAGCGUCAGACCAUCACUGACAACGUGGAUUCCAGCAGUUACCUGUCGGAAUUGCUGCUGCUGCUGCUGCUAACUCACUGCAAUACUGAAAACUACUCAGAUACAGUGGAAGCUGUAAUCGAAUUCAGUGUGAAAUUCAAGCCUGAGAAGUUGCAUGCAUCCUAAGAAAUGGCUUUUCUUGUUCGAUGUUAUGCCAACUGCCUGCAACCGUGGGCCUCCAAACUUCCGGCUGAUCUCACCAAGAUGCAUCUCACCGACAACCCCCAUCCUCAGGUGACUCACGUCCCUUCAAGCCAGUCAGGAUGUAGCAUCGCCAGCGACUCUGGGAGCAGCAGCCUAUCUGAUAUUUAUCAGGCUACAGAAAGUGAGAUGGGAGACGUUGAUUUAACAGGUCUUCCAGAAGCACCUGUAGAUUCUGAGGAUGAAGAAGAGGAGGAGGAUGAAGACAUUGACAGAACUUCAGAUCCGCUUCUGGGGCGAGAUGUUGUACGAGAGUGCCUUGAGAAAGAGCCUGCAGAUAAAACUGAUGAUGAUAUUGAGCAAUUACUGGAAUUCAUGCAUCAACUCCCUGCCUUUGCAAACAUGACUAUGUCUGUGAGGAGAGAACUUUGCUCGGUGAUGAUAUUCGAAGUAGUAGAGCAAGCAGGAGCCAUCAUACUUGAAGACGGCCAAGAACUCGAUUCUUGGUAUGUUAUUUUAAAUGGCACAGUGGAAAUCAGCUAUCCUGAUGGGAAGAGUGAGAGUCUCUGUAUGGGAAACAGUUUUGGGAUUACUCCCUCUCUGGACAAACAGUACAUGAACGGAGUGGUCAGAACCAAAGUAGACGAUUGUCAGUUUGUGUGUAUAGCCCAGCAAGACUACUGGAGGAUUCUGAACCAUGUGGAAAAAAACACUCAUAAAGUGGAGGAAGAAGGAGAAAUUGUUAUGGUAAAGGAGCACAGGGAGCUGGAUCGCAGUGGAACCAGAAAAGGACACAUAGUUAUCAAGGCAACACCCGAGCGACUCAUCAUGCACUUAAUAGAAGAACAUUCUAUUGUGGAUCCAACCUACAUCGAAGAUUUCCUUCUAACCUACAGAACAUUUCUAACAAGCCCCCUGGAAGUUGGAAAUAAACUCUUGGAAUGGUUCACAGUGGACAGCCUCAGGGAUAAGGUUACCAGAGUGGUCUUACUGUGGGUAAACAAUCAUUUUAAUGACUUUGAAGGAGAUCCUGCUAUGACUCGGUUUCUGGAAGAAUUUGAAAAGAACUUGGAAGACACGAAAAUGAAAGGACAUCUCAGACUGCUGAAUAUUGCCUGUGCUGCCAAAGCAAAAUGGAGACAAAUUACCCUGCAAAAGCCUUCUAGAGAUUCGCCACUGUUUUUCAGCCUUCUUGGAGGAAGCGACAAGGGGUUUGGUAUCUUUGUAGAGACUGUGGAAGCAGGCAGUAAAGCAGCAGAAGCUGGUCUCAAGCGUGGGGAUCAGAUAAUGGAAGUAAAUGGACAAAAUUUUGAGAACAUUACCUUUGUAAAAGCUCUGGAAAUCUUAAGGAACAACACUCAUCUCUCCAUUACUGUAAAAACAAACAUUUUUGUGUUUAAGGAGCUGCUCUGCAGGAUAGGACAAGAGAAGAAUGGAAUUCCACAUAUUCCAAAAAUUGCAGAAAAGAAAAACAACCGUUACUCCAUCCCAGAUAUGCCUGGAGAUGUGGAACAGAUGUUUCCCCGUGAAAAAGGAAACAAGAAAAUGAAAGCAAACACUGUGUCUGGUGGGAGAAACAGGAUCAGGAAAAUUUUAGACAAAACCCGAUUCAGCAUCUUGCCUCCAAAACUGUUCAGUGAUGGGAGCGUGAGCCAGUCGCAGGACGACAGCAUCGUUGGGACCCGGCAAUGCAGACACAGCCUGGCCAUCAUGCCUAUUCCGGGAACGCUCUCAUCCAGUAGUCCUGACCUGUUGCAGCCUACAACUAGUAUUCUGGAUUUCUCUAAUCCUUCAGAUAUUCCGGAUCAAGUAAUAAGAGUUUUCAAAGCAGAUCAGCAGAGCUGUUACAUUAUCAUCAGCAAAGACACUACAGCAAAAGAGGUUGUGAGUCACGCCGUCCACGAAUUCAACUUGACAGGAGCCCCGGAGACCUAUUCCCUCUGCGAAGUGUCUGUCAGCCCCGAGGGAGUCAUCAAACAACGGAGACUCCCAGAUCAGUUCUCAAAAUUGGCCGACAGGAUUCAACUCAAUGGACGGUAUUAUCUAAAAAACAACAUGGAGACAGAGACCUUAUGCUCAGAUGAGGAUGCUCAAGAGCUCCUGAGAGAAAGCCAAAUUUCCCUCUUGCAGCUGAGCACCAUCGAGGUUGCCACUCAGCUUUCCAUGAGGGACUUUGAAUUAUUUCGCAACAUUGAGCCUACAGAAUACAUCGAUGACCUUUAUAAGCUGGACUCCAAAACAGGAAAUGCUCACCUGAAACAGUUUGAAGAUGUCAUAAAUCAAGAGACGUUCUGGGUUGCCAUGGAAAUUUUAGCAGAGCCCAACCAACUCAAAAGAAUGAAGAUUAUUAAGCAUUUCAUUAAAAUUGCCCUCCACUGUCGAGAAUGCAAGAACUUCAAUUCCAUGUUCGCGGUUAUAAGUGGGUUAAACCUGGCACCAGUGGCGCGUCUCAGAGGCACUUGGGAGAAGUUACCGAGCAAGUAUGAGAAGCACCUCAGAGACCUUCAAGAUCUUUUUGAUCCAUCUCGAAACAUGGCAAAAUACCGCAACAUCCUUAGCAGCCAGAGCAUGCAGCCUCCAAUUAUUCCACUUUUUCCUGUUGUCAAGAAGGAUAUCACGUUUCUGCAUGAAGGGAAUGAUUCUAAGGUGGAUGGCCUGGUAAAUUUUGAGAAACUCAGAAUGAUUGCCAAAGAAAUUCGCCAAGUUGUCAGGAUGACCUCUGCAAACAUGGAUCCGGCUGUAAUGUUCAGACAAAGAUCUCUGAGUCAGGGCAGCACAAACUCGAACAUGCUGGAUGUACAGGGAGGCGCUCACAAAAAACGCGCCCGACGCAGCUCACUCCUGAACGCCAAGAAGCUGUACGAGGAUGCCCAGAUGGCGAGGAAGGUGAAGCAGUACCUGUCCAACCUGAAUGUAGAGACAGAUGAAGAAAAGAUCCAAAUAUUGUCACUUCAGUGUGAGCCUGCCUAUAGCACUCUGACAAAGAAUUUAAGUGAGAGAAGAGGAGCGAAAUCCUCAGAAAUGUCUCCAGUACCCAUGAGAUCAAUUGGCCAAACCGCUAAAGCCCAUCAGCAUCAGCAAAACAGGAUGAGUCAAGUUCUUCAGGUUCCAACGGUGAAUUUAUACCCCAGUAGGAAAAAGGGACUGACGAAGGAUCAUGUCACAUUCAGUACAGGCUCCCCACAGAAGUCAUUAAGCUUGUCUGAGGAAGUCAGUAGUAAGAAGCAAACAGAUGACACGAUGUCCAUGGCAUCUUCUUUGCACUCCAGCCCACCUGCUUCUCCUCAGGGCUCUCCCCGCAAAGUUGGUAACAUCCAAAGGUCGGAUAACUGCAGUCAGAUGAAUCUCUCUGGCUCUUCCUCAUCACUUGCCAGUGAAGCCAGCAACAAGAACAGUGGACAACGCAGCUACGGAAUAGGCUAUGCCCUCAUACCUUCCACUAAAUCUGAUAACUUCUCGGACUCCAGUCACAGUGAGAUUUCAUCCCGGUCCAGCAUCGUGAGCAACUGCUCAGUGGACUCGAUGUCGGCAGCGCUGCAGGAUGAGAGGAGUUUGUCCCAGUCUCUCAUUGUGGUGGAUUCAGGGGGGGCAGAGAGAAAGGAGCAUCCUCAGCCGCUGGCUGAUUAUGGCCAGCCGUGCCCGGGCUGGUCAAUCACCAGGCCUGCUCUCAUCAGAGGGAUGGCUUUCACAUCCUCCAUGAGCAACGAGGAGAUCUCCCAUGAACAUAUCACGGUAGAGGCUGCAGAUAGCGGCCGGGGAAGCUGGACUUCAUGCUCAAGUAGUUCUCAUGACAACUUCCAGAAUAUCCCAAACCAGAAGAGCUGGGACCUCCUCAAUUCUUACCGUCACACCCAGCUGGACGGACCUAUAGCCGAAGUCGAUCCCACAAACUGUUACUCUGAGGAGGCUUAUUUGUAUUCUGAAGCCUUUUCCAAAGCUAACAGGCAGUCGAAAGCCAGUGUGGAGCUUGAUCAGUCUCGGCAGAGCUGGGCCUCCUCCAGCUCGCUGUCAGACACCUAUGAAACAAACUAUGGGACAAUUAAGCGGAGGGGGCUGGAGAACUCUACAGCAGAGCAGACGGAGGUUUUGGACUCUAAACCAGGCGCUGAUACAACUUACAAAACUGUUACUUCGAGUACAGAAAAAGGCCUGAUAGUGUACUGUGUCACCUCACCUAAGAAGGACGAUAGGUAUAGGGAGCCACCGCCCACCCCUCCGGGAUAUAUGGGGAUUUCUUUAGCGGACAUAAAGGAAGGAUCGCCCCACCACCCACACCUAAAACCUCCAGACUAUAGUGUGGCAGUGCAGAGGUCAAAGAUGCUGCACAGUGACCUCUCUAGACUUUCAUCAGCUUCUCUCGGUAGUGAACCGGUGGCCUGUAUUUCAUCGAAGAUGCCUCAGUGGCAUAGUCGGCAGCCGUCCAACCCCAAGCUAGCAGAUAUGGCUGACGCAGAUAGUGAAGAGGAUGAAGAUGAACAAGUAUCGGCAGUCUAACCGUUGGGCUGUUUGUGUAAACCACAACACAAGGGAUGCGGGGAGAAGGGCCACGUGAUUCUGUUAGCCAACGCUAACAACUUGCUGCUACUAACCUCAGACGUUGUGUUUGCCUCUGUCGCGGACGAGAUGGAACGGGUUGGAUCACGUCUCUCUACCUUACUUCAGUCUGCCACCGCCUAGGAAAGCUAUUUCUGCCUGUGAAAUAGAAAACCCUUUUCAAGGAGCGUAGUGACUGCCUGGAUACCGACAUCGGUAUCUGGAGAUGGACCAGGCUUCGUGCAUUUGGGAGGACCAGUUGUCACCACCACUUGAAACUGAGAAGCAUUCUUCUGUAUGAUACCAUAUAAUCCUUUGGUAGUUUUCCAUCGUCGUUAUUUUCUACACGACCAUUAUAAGUCUAAGAGUGUUAUUUUAUGAACUUUAAAAAAAAAAAAAUAUAUCAAAAUGUCAGCAAAAGCGAAGGACAUUGCUGAAGUAUCUGAAAAUAAUUUAUUAAUUUAAUUUUUUUUUUAAAUGGGAAUUUCCUCUAUUUGUGUUGGGAGUGCUCUGGUUGGCUAAUAUAAACGUUUAGUCAAUGUGAUAGUAAGUUAGCUACACAUAAACUCUCGUGCUCUCGGCAGAAACACAGAAAACUAGAAACAGGACAUUAUCAGGUGCAGAAAUGCAUGGAUUUUAGAGUGGUUUUAGAUUAAACAGGAACAGAGCACAAAGCCCCGCAGAGCGGCGUGCAUCGGGCGGGCAGCCCCGCCGUCUGCCGCUCCCCUCCUACACGGACACAAGCAGAAACCCUCCUCCCUUGAAGUAUUUUUGGAAAUUUUUUAGCUGCCAGCCAACUAAGGCAAUAGUUGGUGCUCUCCUCCCCGAUUAAGUAAUCGUUUGAAAUGUGGAAGCCGUAGCUGGCAGGGAGCCGUAGGGGAGUUUGAAGCUUUCCCAAAAGAGCUGGAACCAGGUUUUGCCCUGCAGAGUUCAGCAUGCAAAGCGUGUUGCUGGAACCCAAAACUAAACCGUGUGUUGUGGGCUUUAAGAUCAUCCCACACGUUCUGGCCUUUUACCAGAGGUGCAGAGGAUUAGCCGGCAAAGGUUAUCUUUAAAAAAAAAAAAAAUAAAAAAAUUAUAAUAAUUGCCUUCAUUUCACAGGAAAAUUUGUGAAACUGAAUAUUAAAUUAUGUAAUGCGUAUAGGAGAGUAUCAUGCAUUUUAGGAUGGGUUAAAAAACCCUGUUGUGUUCAUCUGGAACAUACAGAUGAUCUCAAAACACUUUGUUUUAAAUCCUAGGGAAAAAUCCUGGUGUUACUGAACGCCAGUGACGAUUUUGCCGUACAGCCAGCCGGUAUUAACGUGUGAUCCUCUGGUUUGACUAUGGGCAGAGAAAUUGCUUGUUUGAUUUUGCUUAGCCAGCCAGAGCGCAGAGGGGUAAAACUGGAAAUACCUGCAGUUUCUUUCUUUCUUUCUUUCUUUCUUUCUUUCUUUCUUUCUUUCUUUCUUUCUUCUAGCACACGAUGCCCCCUUCUAGUGUUAAAAUUGGAGAUGAAUGUGUGAAUAUGUAUUUAAACAUUUAAUUGUAAAUCUUUGUUGUGAUGUUUACAGCCUAAGCUAGAGAGAAGGUGUUUGUCAUUUUUACAGUGCCUCAGAAAUAAUUUCUAUAUCCAUAGUCGUGAAGAGCUUUAAGGUUGGGUUUUUCUUCUGUACGUGUGCAGGGGUGCAAGGUGAACGCAACAUUUCCUGAGAAUGACACAAGUACCAAAACCAACCCAAAGCCUUUGAUGUGCUUUCCCCAUAGCAGCUCGGGACUGAUGCUACCGGGCGAAUGUGUCUGCGUUCGUCGCGGUGCCAGGUUCAAUGUCGCCGCGUGGCUGGAACUCGCCCAUACCGAUUGGAAUUUGGAAGACAAAAAUGAUGCUGAGGAAGGGAUGCCUAAUUCAUAACGGAUCGGUUGGCUCUCUGAAUUUAUGGCACAAGUAUCUGAGGAGCAAAUGGUUGAAAAAAAUAUACUGAAAAUCAGUUGAGGUAUAUAUUAAUAAAGGCGUUUUGCUUUUUUGAGGCCUUAAUGAAAAUAAUGAACCUGCACAGGCCUUAAUGAAUGAAGAUGAACCUAAGUGUCAAAGCAGUGCAGGGCAGAGCGAUUAUUUUCAGCACAGGUAAUGUUCAUAACUGUUCAGUUGAUAACUUCUGUGGGAUCCAAAUCCAAGUCCUACCAAUCCCACCAUCAACAGUAGUUGCUUGUUACCUUCCUCGUGGAGCGCGCAGCGGGCUUGGUGUCUCGUCAGAAAAUCAUCUGCGCUGCGCCAGGUAAAUGAAAUCAUACGGUUCCCCUGACCUCGGGUGUUGAGCUGUAGUUUAUUUCAGCCUGUUGAACAGCAGCGUAAGGGUUGGGGGGCUGGAAGUGACGUCCUUUUCCCCCCAAAACCCGAUAAUGCCGUCUCUGAGGAUACGGUAAAGCUCCUCUGGGGAGUGGGGUUGGGGUCUCCUCUGGCAGCCAGAAAGAGCAGUUGAAUAAAUCACCCACCGAAUCGUGGUGUUUGCACAUCAACAGCAUCCGUCUGUUCCGCAGGGCUUUUCGGGACGCUGGAAAGUUUUUAAAGUGAGCGGAAGUCUUGCUAAUCGUAUUUUCCUAAUAUCCAAUACAGCUGGUGUAAAUAAACCCCGCAUAAACUAUGGACAAAUGAGCUACUGCCUCUGCUUCUCCCGCCUCGCGCCGUGUGGCUUGCCUCUGCUGGUCCUUGCUGGGGUUUUUGUUUGUUUGUUUGUUUUUAAAUCAACCGAUCACAUUGAUCGGGGCCGAUAGCCAGAUGUAGUGUGUCGGGUGUGGAUUUGAAGAGACACUAUCCCUUUUUUCAGUCAUUCAGAUGGAAGUAAGGUGGCGAUUAGUACCUGUGGUGCACUGCUUUGCCAAAGUGAUGCCUUCUGCAUCACAGAUUCCUGAGUGGGCACCUCCACCGGGUUCCUCUGGCCUGGGGUCUGAUUUUGAUGAACAGCUGAAGUGCUUCGCGUCACGUUCUUCCCCUGCUGGUUUCCGCUGUUUGUUUGCCCUUGACUUGCAGGCAGAAGAUCUGUUUCAGCUAUUUGCCAUUUAACCAUGCAGUAUUUCAUUGCGCUUUAUAAAUCUCAAACUUCCAAGUAGUUCCCGAUGAAGCGGUGCGGUGUUGUAGACUUUAAUUGGCCUCUCCAGCUGCAGAAAGGGGAAAAUGAGAUGCCUGAGCCUCCGAGGUUUCAUCUCCCACACACACAAGCAGCGGAAAGGCGAUGUCUGCAGGUAUUUUUUUGCAGGGCGUGCGUGCGGGAGCGGGCGGUGGUUGCUGACAGCGCAGCGUGUCGCGUUCCUGCCUCCUUUGCUUUGCCUUUGCUCGCGUCAGGACUUUCCCAGAGCCGAGAGAUGCUUCCCUGGGGGCGAUGGUGCUUGCAGAGGGGGCCUGCGUGGCAUCAGUGGUGCUGCAAACCCUCCCCUCCAUCAUCCCCCAAGUCAUUUCAUCGCAGGCAACAGUGGAAGUACGAACCUGCCACUUAUUUUAUAAAACAUUAGAAUUAGGAUUUGGGUUUUUUGGUGGUUUUUUUUUUUUUAGGGGAUAAACUCACCACUGCCUUGGCAAAAACAGAAGAAAAAAGGGAUACUCUCUCUUUAGAAAAGCUUUACACAUUAUAUUGUAGAACGCUUGCGUAGAGGGUAAUCUACCUUGAAUUCCCAACCCGGCUUUUGCUUAUGUUGUGCUUUUUAUUGUUUUAUCUUUAUUUUUGAUAUACCUGGAAUGCAGUUUAGCUUGUUAUUAAUUAAAUUCUAAAUAUGUGAGCAUAUUGGCAAAACUGCACAGAUGUAAUGAUAUUCCAAUAGCAAUUGUACUGCACAAGUCAGUGAUUGUAAAGUAUUCUGUAACAAGCAAUGUUUGUCUCCUAUUUUUUGAUACCUCUUACACUUAUGUCUUUUAGAAAGACAGUGCCUCUGUAUGCUUUUUGUAUUUUUACU